AUAAAAAGAAUCUCCAAUCAAUCAAUCAUUAAUCUGAGCUUCAAAUUGUGAAUAUCAUCGACAAAAUCAAAAUCAAAAUCAGUUUUGAUCCUCCACAAACUUCGCUUUUCAACUCCUCCACUCCACUCCGCCACGCCCACCACAGCCCAAGCAAAGGUCAAGACUCAAGAAUCAGAUCCCUCCCUCUCUCCCUCUCUCUCCUCCAAAAGGGCUCCACACUCAAUCCUUUUCGGCUGCGUGUUUGUGUCAUGUCGUCUCAAUUUAUGAAUUCAAAUUGAUUUUCAGGGGCUCCGCCCGGUGUUGAAACCUCUCACUGUUUUGCGUGCCGAGGCAGGCUGGAUUGAAAUCGGGAUUUUGUUACAUGCUUGUUGCAGUUCUAGCCACAGAAGAACUCAAGUAGUACGAGAGCUUCCUGCAAGCAAUCUUUGGUUGCCAGUUAGUUCCUCGGAAUGUGAAUGAUUGGGUAAGUCUUUUUCCUGCUAGGACUAAGGAUUGUAGAAACUAUGCAAAAGGAUACUGGUUCAGGUGGCCCGUCGACUCCUGGGGGUCCUACUGUAAGAAUACGUCGGCGUAGAGCAUCAAAUGAGGUUUCUCCAGAAGUUAAUAAAGCUAACGGGGGCCAUUUACUCGUCAAUGAUAAUAACAAGUACAAGUCGAUGCUGGUCCGUGCAUAUUCAACCUUUUGGAUGAUUGGAGGAUUUGCCUUUGUAAUAUAUAUGGGUCACCUUUACAUUUGGGCUAUGGUGGUUAUUAUCCAAAUAUUCAUGGCCAAGGAGCUCUUCAAUUUACUUAGGAGAGCGAAUGAGGAAAGGCGCCUCCCUGGAUUUAGACUCUUGAAUUGGCAUUUCUUCUUCACAGCAAUGUUAUUUGUAUAUGGUCGCAUUCUCAGUCAGAGGCUUGUGAACACUGUGGCCACAGACAAAGUUUUGUAUAAGCUCGUGAGCAAAUUUAUCAAAUAUCAUAUGGUUACCUGUUAUUUCUUGUAUAUUGCAGGUUUCAUGUGGUUCAUUCUGACACUGAAGAAGAAGAUGUACAAGUAUCAAUUUGGCCAAUAUGCUUGGACGCAUAUGAUUCUGAUUGUGGUUUUCGCCCAAUCAUCAUUUACUGUGGCAAACAUUUUUGAAGGAAUUUUCUGGUUCCUUCUUCCAGCAUCACUUAUUGUUAUCAAUGAUAUUGCUGCUUACAUUUUCGGAUUUUUCUUUGGGAAAACUCCUCUGAUCAAGCUGUCACCGAAGAAAACAUGGGAGGGCUUCAUUGGGGCGUCUGUUACUACCAUGAUAUCUGCAUUUUGGCUUGCAAAUGUAUUGGGUCGCUUUCAAUGGUUGACAUGCCCUAGAAAGGACUUGUCAACUGGUUGGCUUCACUGUGAUCCUGGCUCAUUGUUUAAGCCAGAAAGUUUCACUGUUCCGCUGUGGUUUGCACAAUGGUUCCCUUGGAGGGAGAUUUCUGUCUUGCCUGUACAGUGGCAUGCUCUGUGCCUUGGUCUCUUUGCAUCGAUCAUCGCACCUUUUGGAGGCUUCUUUGCCAGUGGGUUUAAAAGAGCUUUCAAGGUUAAGGAUUUCGGUGAUAGCAUUCCUGGACAUGGUGGGAUCACUGAUAGAAUGGAUUGCCAGAUGGUUAUGGCUGUUUUUGCGUACAUAUAUCACCAAUCAUUUGUUGUGCCCCAAAGCUUAUCGGUCGAGAUGAUCAUGGACCAGAUAUUGGUGAACCUCACGUUCGAGGAGCUGCAAGACGUGUACAUGAAGCUUGGGGAGAUUGUUAUGGAAAGGCAGUUAGGGGAGGAGUCCUGAAAAUUAUGUAAUCUUCUCUGUUAUGUAUGUGCAUUUUCUGUUCUGUUGUCUUCUUUCUUUCUACUCUUGCGUUUCUGUCCGCGUGCAAAAUUAUGUACGAUAAUCUUAGAAGCAAGAUUCUCUGUUUUUGGCAUUGUAUAGUGUGUACUUGGUUUGAGUCUCUCCUGCCGUAUACUCGGAAUAUUUUAUUUUCUUUUGGUUAUAGAAUUAAGUUUGUUUUUCUC